ACAAACUAAAAGACCUUCUUCUUUUUCUUUACUUCUUUACUUUCUCUCUACCAAUCAAAUCACAGUCUCUCUCUCUCUCUCUCUCUCUCUCUCUCUCUCUCUCUCUCUUUUCCUCUGCUCAUUGUCUCUAGUUUUAGGGUUUAUCGCCAUUUGAUCUUCAGCUCUCUCCGUCCAAAUCACCAUCUCCAUUGCUUCUACAAUCCAAUUGCCAGUGCGCAUGCUUCUCCCAAUCUGCAAUGUAGCUGAAUCUCACCACUGGUUUCUUCUUCUUCUCUAGAAAUGUUGAAUUCUGAAGUGAGAUGAUGAACAAGAGUGAAUUGUCGUCCACGAGGAUGAAGCCGCCACCAGUUCCAUUGGCUACUCUGAUUGGCCGUGAGCUUCGACAUGAAAAAGUUGAGAAACCUUUUGUCAAGUAUGGCCAAGCUGGCUUGGCUAAGAAAGGAGAAGAUUACUUUCUCAUCAGGACAGAUUGUCACAGGGUUCCUGGGGAUCCAUCAACCGCGUUUUCGGUCUUCGCGAUAUUUGAUGGGCAUAAUGGUAUAUCAGCUGCUAUUUUCGCAAAGGAAAACUUGCUAAGUAAUGUUUUGAGUGCAAUACCACAAGAUAUCAGCAGGGAUGCGUGGCUGCAGGCCCUUCCUCGUGCUCUAGUUGUUGGCUUUGUGAAAACUGACACAGAGCUUCAACAAAAGGGGGAAACCUCGGGAACUACAGCUACAUUUGUUCUAGUUGAUGGAUGGACUGUCACAGUUGCAUCUGUUGGAGAUUCUCGUUGCAUAUUAGACACUCAGGGAGGUGUAGUUUCUCUCCUGACAGUUGAUCACAGACUGGAAGAGAAUGCAGAAGAGAGGGAGCGUGUUACUGCCAGUGGUGGUGAAGUUGGAAGACUCAAUGUAUAUGGAGGCAAUGGGGUAGGGCCUCUGCGCUGCUGGCCUGGUGGAUUGUGCCUAUCUAGGUCAAUAGGUGACACAGAUGUGGGAGAAUUUAUUGUGCCAAUACCACAUGUCAAGCAAGUGAAACUUUCAAAUGCUGGUGGAAGGCUCAUUAUAGCCUCUGAUGGUAUUUGGGAUGCUUUAUCUUCUGACAUGGCUGCUAAGGCAUGUCGGGGUCUUCCUGCAGAGCUUGCUGCGAAGCUAGUGGUUAAGGAAGCUCUAAGAUCGAGAGGCCUGAAGGACGAUACAACCUGCCUUGUUGUAGAUAUUAUUCCUUCCGAUCUUCCUGUAAUAUCGCCAACUCCAAGAAAGAAACAUAACUUCCUAACUUCACUUCUCUUUGGAAAGAAAUUUGGCAACUCUACAAACAAAGCUACUAGUAAGCUUUCUGCAGUUGGUGUUGUGGAGGAGUUAUUUGAAGAGGGCUCUGCAAUGCUUGCAGAAAGGCUGGGUAAGGAUUUCCCGUUAGAUAAAAAUUCUGGGAUUUUCCGCUGUGCUGUUUGCCAAGUGGAUCAACCCCCUGGCGAUGGUUUAUCAGUGAACUCCGGGCCUUUUUUCUCUCCAGCAUCCAAGCCAUGGGAAGGCCCAUUUCUCUGCACAAACUGCCGGAAGAAAAAAGAUGCCAUGGAAGGAAAAAGGCCCAGCAGUCCCACCGUUACAGCAUAGUAAUUAUCAAGUAUUAUAGUUGUUCUUAGUAAAUAUCUGUAUCAUUUUUCCCUGGCAGUGUGAGCAUGCUUAAUUUUUACACUUCCGUUGGUGAUUGUGUGUAAGAAAUGAGGUUGAGAUAGGUUUAGUAUAACUUUGAUUUUUACAAGUUUGAUUCUGGCUUGUGCUCAGCUGUUGGACUGACAGACAGAACAAACGUGCUGUCUAGUAGAUAAGCUCUAAUGGUAUGUGCUAACGUCUUGUAUUUGUAAGUAUACUGAAGCUUUUAAGGCUAUCUCUCUCUUGAGAGCUUCAGUGGUAAACAGUCUAAUUGCAUCUGUAUCUUCUGAAUUUGUUUGACACACUAAGAAUGUUUCAAAUGUCUCUGAAUACCACAAUUCUGCGA